AGCCAAAAUGAAGGCUCUGGUCUGUGUUGGUUGUUGGAUCUCUCUCCUGGCUCUGGUCGCUGCAGACCUGGGGGUGGAGGCCACCCCCAGCCAAGAUGAGGAGCCCCUGAUGCGCUUGCAGCUCCAGCCGGAGGGAGGGGACCUGUUCCCCUGCUGUGACCCCACCACUGAGGACCACGGUGGGCAGAGCUCCUCCAACGACACGCCCGCCCCAGAUAGGACCGUCUGCCGACCCUGCGACCCCGCACCGUCUCUGGGCUCGGCUCCCGAGGAGGCGCCCCUCUCCGUGGAGGAGGAGGAGGAGGAAGAGGAGGAGGAGGAAGAGGAGGCGGCUCCAGCUGAGGAAGAAGGGGAGGAAGAAGGGGAGGAUUCGGCGGAGGAGAUAGCAAGCCACGAAGAGGAACAAGAGGAGGCAGCCUCGCUCGAGGAGGUGGUGGAGGAGGAGGAGGAGGAGCCCGUUGAGGAAGAGGCGGAGCCUGAGGAGGAAGUGCAAGCUUCAGAUGAGGAAGUGGCUGAGGAGGAAGCAGAGGAGGCAGAGGCUGAACCUGAAGACGAAGCAGCUACCACAGAAGAAGAAGCCGAAGCAGAUGAGGAAGUAGCCGCACUUGAAGAGGAAGUGAGCGAGCCUGAGGAAGUCGAAGCCGUGGAGGAAGCGGUUGAGGAAACCGUAGAAGAAGAAGAAGCCUCAGAGGAGGAAGUAGCGGAGGAAGUAAUCGAGGAAGAGGCGGAGCCAGAGAGCCUCCCAGAGGAAGUGACGGAGGUGGAGGAGGAAGCUGCGGCGUUGGAGGAAACGGUAGAAGAAGAGGCAGAGCCCGAGGUCGAACCAGAGGAAGUUCCAGAAGAGGAACCUGUGGAAACUGCAGAACCUGAACCAGAACCUGUUGUGGAGGAGGUGGCAGAGGAGGUGCUGGAGGAAGAAUCUCCUGCAGAGGAGGAGGUGGAGGAGGUAGUGGAGGAGGAGGUGGUGGAGGAGCCAGCAGCUCCUGUAGAGGAGGUGGUGGAGGAGCCAGCAGCUCCUUUAGAGGAGGUGGUGGAGGAGGUGGCAGAGGAGGUGGCUUCUGCUGUUGAGGAGGCGGUUGUGGAGGAUGUGGUGGAGGAGGUCACUGUGGAGGAGGUGCCAGAAGAGGAGGUGCCAGUAGAAGAGGUUGUUGGGAAACCAGCCAAAGCAGCAAAGGAGGCAGCAGUUCCCACCCCCCGAGACCGCUCCCACAUUGACGACACGCUGCGAUUGGCUGGCUCCGGGCCCUCUGCAGAGUUCUCAGCUGCUAUGAAGAACCUGCAGCACAUCUACCACUCUGCCAUCAAGCCUCUGGAGCAGGCCUACAAGUACAACGAGCUGAGGCAGCAUGAGGUCACAGAUGGAGAGAUCACCUCCAAGCCUAUGGUGUUGUUCCUGGGCCCCUGGAGUGUGGGCAAGUCCUCCAUGAUCAACUACCUGCUGGGUCUGCAUGGCACACCCCAACAGCUCUACACAGGGGCGGAGCCGACCACCUCAGAGUACACGGUGGUGAUGCACGGGGAGAAGUUCCGCACGGUGGAGGGCAUCGUCAUGGCGGCGGACAGCUCGCGCUCCUUCUCGCCCCUGGAGAAGUUCGGCCAGGGCUUCCUGGAGAGGCUGGUGGGCAUCGAGAUGCCCCACAAGCUGCUGGAGAGAGUCACCUUCGUGGACACGCCCGGGAUCAUCGAGAACCGCAAGCAGCAGGAGAGGGGAUACCCCUACAACGAGGUGUGCCAGUGGUUCAUCGACCGCGCCGACCUCAUCUUCUUGGUGUUCGACCCCACUAAACUGGACGUGGGUGGCGAGCUGGAGAUGCUCUUCAGGCAGAUGAAGGGCCGCGAGUCCCAGAUCCGCCUCAUCCUCAACAAGGCCGACAACCUGGCGACGCAGGACCUGAUGAGGGUGUACGGCGCCCUCUUCUGGAGCAUGGCUCCCCUCAUCAACGUGACUGAGCCACCCAGGGUCUACGUCAGCUCCUUCUGGCCCCAGGACUACGCCCCCAACACCAGCCGGGAGCUCUUCAUGAGGGAGGAAACCUCUCUGCUGGAGGAUCUUAACCAGGUCAUCGAGAACCAGCUGGAGAACAAGAUCGCCUUCGUCCGCCAGCACGGCAUCCGCGUGCGCAUCCACGCGCUGCUGGUCGACCGCUACCUGCAGACGUAUUACGACAAGCUGGGUUGGUUCAGCGACCCGUACGAGGUGUUCCACGACAUCGUCACAGACCCGGACAAGUUCUACAUCUUCAAGUCCAUCCUGGCCAAGACCAACGUCAGCAAGUUCGACCUGCCGGACAAGGAGGCCUACCAGGACUUCUUCGGGGUGAACCCGGUGACGAGCUUCAAGCAGCUGUCCCAACACUGCAGCUGGUCUGGAGGAUGCCUGCUGGAGAAGAUCGAGAAGGCCAUCACCGUGGAGCUCCCGGGGCUGCUUAGCAGUCUGGGGAAAAGCCCGGAAGCGCCGGCGCCGGUCAAGGCGGCGCCCGCCCCGCCCCCGCCCCUCCCCGGGACUUGUACGGGGCCAGAGUGCACGGAGAAGCCCAAGAACAAGUGGAGGAGGCAGUGAAGGGAGGGAGCGAGGGAUGAGAGAGAGAGAGAGAGAGAGAGAGAGAGAGAGAGAGAGAGAGAGAGAGAGAGAGAGAGAGAGAGAGAGAGAGAGAGAGAGAGGGAGAGAGAGAGAGAGAGAGAGAGGGAGGGAAGAGGUGUGAAGAUGUGGAGAGUUUUCUCUAUAGGGGUUGACCCCUGUGUUUGUCUGGACUGGACCUGAGGUAGUAAAGGAGAGAGGGAUGGAGUGAGGGAGGGAGGAAAUGAGGUGUGGGCAGAGGAGAGGGUUGGGUACAAGAGUGGUGAGAGGGGAGUGAAGGAGUGAUUGCGUGGAGUUUCCAACUACAAGAAGCCGACCAGAAUAGAAUCGUAAAUGAACAUCCGAACAGAGAAAAUGAGGGGGGGAUAAAGGAAGAUAAUGAUCAAAAUCAGAGACUUAUUAUUUUCUGCUUUGACUCUCAUACGUGAAGGAAACAAAGAUUAUAAACAAAACGGUUGUUGUUUUUAUUUCUUUCUCUGUUUGUUUUAAAGUUUGUACUUUAUUUAUUCAGUUUUUUUUUCAAUGGGAUGAACAAUUAAAAAAAGAAAAGAAAAAUAAGUUUCCUCUGAAUUAUGAAAUAUUAACUUACUGUGCUAAUUUUUAAACAAUCUCAAGUUUGUCUGUUUUUCUUUUUGGCAGCCAUCUUUGUUUGCUAUGCCUUGUAGCCAUGUAAGAUUGCAUUUGUAAAUUUGACGCUAGUUAAUCGUUUCGCCUUCUUUGUCUGCUGACUUAACCUCAGUAUGCUGCAUGUCAAGAGGACUGUUGUCAAUAAAGUUACAGUUUUCGUCCUUGUA